UCCUAUGUGCAGUCGGCUUAAGGCUUAAUGUAUUAUUCAGAAAGAGAAAGAGAGAAUGAGUAAGAGAAUUACUUUAAACAAAUUUGAGCUUGAUAUCAUUAGGAUUGCAUUUUUAAUUUAACCACGGAUAUCAAUCAAAUUUGUAUAAAAUGGCUGUAAAAGAAAAACAUACAGAAACCUCAUUUGAUGAAAUAGAAUGGAAUGUGGAUAACGAAAUUCAAUUAUUCUUUGCUAUGAAUGGGCAUAAACCAGUUGGUAUUAACAAAUACUUUCACAUGUUAUGUAUAUGGGAGAAAUUUCGUAUUGCCAUCCAUAAAGAUAUUCCAUUAAAAAUAAUUUGGGAUCAUUUGGAAUCUAUGUAUGAUCUUAUGGCUUUGGAUGAUAUGGAAGGUUUACCAUUUCCUAGUCAAGAGAUAGAUUUCUCACUGCCAGAAAUAGAAUUUGAUGGAAAGCCUUGGAGGAAGGAAGAGCUAGAAAUAAAGCUAAAAGACCAGAAGGAUAAAUAUAAAGAGAUUAAGAAAGAAAAGGAUAUUAAAGAAAGUUCUAAAAAAGACAGUAUGCUGCGUGACAUUAAAGGAUGCAAAGACAUAGACAAAAAGAAAGAAGAAAUAAAGAAAUAUGCAAAGGACAUGGAAAUGAAAAAAGAUAAAUUUAGAGAUAUAAAAGAUGCAAGAAAAGAACACAAGUCUUCAAAAGGUCGUUCAAAAAGCAAAGAUGAUAUCGAAGAAACGUCAAACAUAAGAAAAGAACGCAAAGAUUCUGAAUCUGGUCGUGAACUCUUAAAAAGAAUUCCCAAAAGACCAACUAGACAAAGUAUGGAAAAUUCCUCUAAAGCUUCCUCCAGCCCUCGUGACACACCACCACCAAAACGAAGAAGAAUAUAA